UCGGCGAGCUAGUUAGCUACAUCGAUCGAGGCCAUCAGCUAGCCAUGGCGGCGGAGAGGGAGGGAGCCGUGGUGGCGAAGGGCCACGAGGAGGGGAUGAAGAUGGCGGCGUCGCUGCUGGAGGAGUUCGGCCUCCCGCUGGGGCUGCUGCCGCUGGGCGACGUGGUGGAGGUCGGCUUCGCGCGGGCCACGGGCUACAUGUGGAUCGCGCAGCGGAGGAAGGUGGAGCACCACUUCAGGAUGGUGGGCAAGCACGUCAGCUACGACGCCGACAUCACCGGCUACGUCAAGCCCAGGUGCAUCAAGAAGCUCAAGGGCGUCAAGGCCAAGGAGCUCAUGCUCUGGCCCCCCGUCAACGAGAUCGCCGUCGACGAACCCUCCACCACCGGCAAGAUCCACUUCAAGAGCCUCGCCGGCGUCACCAAGACCUUCCCUGUUGAAGCCUUCGCCGCCGGCCAGUAGCCAUAUGCAUGCAGCAUAUAUACAUGCUUGUUCAUGCUCUACGUAAUAUUCUUACUGCUAUGUAUUUCCUCUGUUUCAGGUUACCUUUAGUUAAAGUCCAACUAUUCUAAGUUUGA